GUGUGCCUGCCGCCGCCGCCGUGUCCAUCAAUGCUGACUGCUGGGGCGCGCGCCCGGAGCUAUCACGGAGAGCAACCGAGCAAGACUGCAAGAGGCGAAUUGCGAUUCGUUGCCCCACGUGUCAGCGAGGGAAUCUCUUCGAUCUCUUCUGCUCUUGUCAAGCCGAUCCGACGGCCCAGAUUGCAACAGACGGGCUGUUUCUCCUACUUUUGGCCCAUCCGAAGUCGGCCUUUUGAGCUUGUAGUCCAAUCGACGGUGGACGGCUCCGCUCCUCCGUCCUCCCGGUGGUCUCCUCGCUUCCUCCGUCUCCCGUGCCAGAGUCGAAUCCCCUCCGGGCUCCGGCCACCGAGCGCACUCUACUCCUUUACUGCGAAAAGCGCCGCCAGGAAUUCCUCCAGUAUUGGAGCCAUCGCUGUGCUUCCCUCUGCUGGACCGGCGUCUAGCGGAGAUCCAGCUCGCAUUCACAUCAGGACAGGCAAUGUCACGGGUGAUCACAAAGUUCGUUGUUACAUCCAUGGUGAUGUGGAUGGCCCCAGCUGCGAUGAUGUAUCGGUUCUACUACCAGGUGUUUCCAGGUGCGAGCGAGCCAGAUGUCAUCCUCCGCUCAGACACUCGCUAGUGGAUUCAUUGCUGUUAUAUCAGUCAAUCUCGUGAUCGGCCUUCUCAUAUUCAUGGCGAUGAAGGAGACUCCACACCAGGAGCCAUGGCCAGAUCCCACCUUUCUGGCGAACGCCAAAGCCAGUAUCAACCAGCCAGCAUCUUCUCAAGUGAGUGUUGAUUCCAAGGGGAAGGGGAAGGGGAAGGGGAAGGGGAAGGUUGAGUAAGCUGUAGUGCAUGUUGGCACAGGUCUUGUGUAUGUUGGCACAUCUUUUUCAGGGUGGAUAGUGACUAUUCUUGUAGACAGAUAAAUAGAGUUCGAGGGAUAAAAUGUGCCCCCGUUUAUUCUGCGUUGCAUUAGGAUUUAGGACCAAGCCACCAUUCAGUUUUCAGCAGAUUUCACCGUACAGGAAACACAUCUGCUCUAGACACCCAACAGCAGCUAGAGAAGGAUAUUUACAGACUAGUAGAAGAGUUAAUCGUUGAUUGGACUACAAGCAAAAGUACAGAGCACCCCACCUGCUUGUGUUGCCCAGGAUAUGAUCAUAUCCAGAACUACAAACUCGAGUGAAGAUAGAUGUUGCUGGGAUUAAUCUUGCCAUGUAGGGUAUACAUGAGCAACCCUAUGCCAUGUUUAAUGCGCAUUUCAGAUGAAUCUUAGUUUUAUUGUGGUGUUGUAGUGGGUGAAGCUGGGAGAAUAGCAAGACAUGUCGUUGUUGCUCAGUGUGUGCCGCUGCAUACUUGCACAAUGAGAAGGCCCUACCAUAUAUAGUAGAUAGUGCUUGAGCAGUGGUACUGGUACAUCACCUCCACAAACGCUGCGCACUGGAAUCGUCAGGUCCAGCUUUGGUGGGAUUACGAGGUAUUGGGAAAUCUGCACAUGUUGCAACUAACUGUGAGAUGCCGAUACAUGCCUGCAUGUACUGGAUUUCGAGGAGGCACUGCACGGAGAAGCUGUGCUUCGGAGAUUUACCUUGUUAAUGGUAGACAGUAGUCAUGUUUAGUUGAUAUAUGAACAGAAGUGGGAUAGAUCCAUGUUAUUUGAAUUGUAUUUGCUUCAAAUUUUUUUUCUUGUCAUGUGAGGAAUGUUGUGAGAGCAGACCAAUUGGAACAUAUAGCUUGCAUGUAUUCUUCCCUACAAGAGAUCUUCUCUUGGCAAA